ACCCCAAGCGGAACGUCCAUCGGUGACGAUGGACUUCCCGGGUUUGAUGUAAAAUUUUCGAAUCGAAUGGUCGAGCGGCUGCAUCGACCACGUUAUCGAGUUUGAAUUUCUGUGUUCUUCAGUGUGAUCUUUCAACUUUGAUAUUUUGUGCGUUGCAAAAUCAAUCAAGAUAAUUAUCGAGAUUAGCAAUUAAGUACUGAUAAAGUGUGUUUACGGCUCGAGGAAGAGUCAUGACAGUCAGAAAGCUUGCUUAAGUGGUGGAUUACUAUAACUACAAAAUGUUGAACAGCGAGGAGGAAUUCGAAUCUCAGACGCAAUCGAGGAUGACGAAAGCGGAACUGAGAAGGAGCAACAAACCGAUUAUGGAAAAACGACGGCGUGCUCGAAUUAAUCAAUAUCUCGACGAACUGAAGAGUUUUAUACUCGUUAACGAAAAAGACCCAACGAGGCAUUCGAAGCUCGAGAAGGCCGAUAUCCUGGAAAUGACGGUAAAGCAUAUACAAACGAUGCAACGGCAGCAUUUGAGCACGGCCGUCUCCAACGAUCCGGUGGUGUUAACGAAAUUCCGUUCCGGAUUUUCCGAAUGUGCCACCGAAGUAUCGCGAUACGUCAGCCGUCUCGAGAACGUCGAUCCCGCUGUAAAGCAACGAUUGGUAUCACACUUGAACAACUGCGUGAGCCAUCUUCAGCAAAUGACUCCAUUCUACAGUCACUACGUACCCUACAUGCCGGAGCGCCUCUAUCCAGAGGUAAAGGUCGGCUUUCAGAGCGAUUUCCAGAAUGGGGAUGAGAAUAACAAUGGUAGCGCAAGAAUACAGAUACCGAACGGAGUGCAAUUGAUCCCGAGUCGAUUGCCGAAUGGCGAGUUAGCAUUCUUGGUGCCGCAAUCCGCCGGCAUCUCGGCCAAUUUCCCUUUCUUUCCACCGGUUACGGAUUCAUCUACGAAAACCGGUCAAUCAAACUCGGCUUUCACCGCGGUUCACAGAUCGCACAGCCCAUUGCUGAGUCCGUCGACAUCUACGUCCAGCUACGGCGACGAGGGCCAUCAUUCGGAACAUCCACAGGCGUCGUCGCCUAAUCAUAAUCAGCCGCCACGUCGAUUCAAGUUACCGGAGCAAAGUCCUGCGUCCUCUUCAAAGAGCUUCUCGUCCUCCCCAGAGACCCAAAAGCCGCAAAUUAGCUCAACUAGCGACCGAAAGUCACCGACGACAACAUUCUUGGAACCUAGGGUUGUGGACGAUAAGAUUGCAAUGAGAAAAGAUGUAACGGAAGAUUUGGAGAGCGUUAAUCAUAAUAUAAACAGCUUCGCAGUACAUAGUCUGCGACAACCUCUUUCCGUAAUUACAGAUAAAACUUACAAUCGCGCUUCGAAUGGCUCGCUGUCCAAGAAAGACGAUCUCAAGAGACGUCAUUCCGACGGGCUUUUGGCGAUCUCGGAUAAGAGACCGAGAUAUCAGGAACCCACUAGUUCGAUCUCCUCGAUGAAUAAUGACGCGCAUAAGAGCACAAAUGAGCAGUCCGUUGCGAUUUUGGCUGAAGAUUUGCCGCGAAAUCAGAAUUGCCAGACUCCACGAAAUCAGAAUUACCAGGUUCCACGAAAUUCUAAUUCAAAUUCCGAUAAAUUCGCAAUGAGUCCGGCAGAUCCGUUCGGUCCUAAUGGCGAUAUGUGGAGACCUUGGUGAUUAUUAUUGCUGAAAAUAAAGGAUUAAAAGUAUUUUUAAAUUAAACGAGAUUGAAAUUUAAAAAUAUUUAAUACAAGGAAGCAAAUUAAGUAGACUUUUUUAUCUUGACUCCUAAAUUUUUCAAGUCUUGAAGCACACAUUGAUUAAGAAUGUCAUAGAUUGUAACAUAUUUUCUCACACAUUUGUUAACGAUUUACGAAUAACGAUAAAUCACGAAUAAUUAGUGGCAGGAUUGUUGCGUGAUAUUGUAUUAUGUAUUUAUUAUUAGAUCUAUAUUUUAUAAAUAAAGAUUAGUUCAGUUAUGUUAAGAAUUAGUUGAAGGAUAAAUAAGGUCAUUACCGAUAAUAAUGCGGUUUUGUGCCAAAGCGUGAAACUAAUUAUAGUUUUUUUUGAACAAGAUUUCUAAUGCAUUUGAUGCAUUGUUAUUUUGUAUCCUCGCCAUUUCAUAAAGACUCGUAAGCUUUAAAUAGGUUAAACAAGACUUCUUAUUAAGAGUAUCACAAAGCGUAAUAUGUGAAUAGAGCCCUGUAAAUAGAUUUAUUUUUAUUUAAUUAAUUGAACUCUGUAUUUUGAUUAUAAAUUAUAUUUUUAUCACACACAUAAAAAUCAAACAAGUUAUUAUAUAAAUGAUUAUUUCUAAUAAUCAACGAUGGUCAGUAUUGUCAAUUAACACGUUCAUUGCCAGGCGGAUUUUGAUUAAACCUGUAAAAAAUAAGCUAAAGAUAUAUAAAAUUAUUGUAAUUUUUUACAAACAUAUUUUUGUUAUUGAAUCAAUUGUUAAUCCACAAUGUUUAACUCUCUAAAUAGUGUUACAUUUUAUUCGUAUAUUAAUGCGAUGUGUCAGUAUAGCGACAUCAUCGAUGACCGUCAUGGCAUUCAACGUGUUAAACUAGUAUGUAUAUAUUACGAGUUUGUGAUAGAAAAUACAUAACAUUGAAAUAUAAAAUCUUUGCGAAAGACGCAGUGUGUGUUUGUUACUUAUUUUUGAUUGAUUUUACAUGUAUAUCCAUCGACAAAAGAAAAAAUAAAUUUGCGGA